AUGUCUGAGUUAGACUUCUAUUACACAUCGGCAAUACACCAUGACACCUACCCGGCUAUCAAUCCAACGAUCCAUCCCACCUCAUACAGCAAACAUGUUUUCGUUACAGGAGCGUCCAGAGGUGUUGGUAGGGCAAUAUCGAUCGCCUAUGCCAAGUCUGGAGUGGCAGCUAUAGCCAUCGCAGCCAGGUCUUGUCUAGACAAUGUCGAGGAAGAGAUCAAACGGACAGCUGAAGCCGCGGGAUGCAAUGCUCCACGCGUCCUAAAGAUCCACUUGAAUGUGACGGACGAAGUGUCUGUGGCUGCUGCGGCCCUUAAAGUCAAGGAAGCCUUCGGCCGCCUGGAUGUCCUUAUAAACAACGCAGGCCACUGCGAAGAGUGGGUUGAAUUGGCCAAUAGCAAAAUACAGGACUGGUGGAUGACCUGGGAAGUUAAUGUACGCGGGCCAUACCUUCUAACUCGCGCGUUGCUGCCAAUGAUGCUAGUAGAAGGCGAAAAGAUUAUCGUCAAUAUUGGAUCAGUUGGGGCGCAUUGCAAGUUUCCAGGAGCAUCUAGCUACCAGAUCUCGAAGUUUGCCCUCAUGAGAUUCACCGAAUUCAUCAUGACAGACUAUGGUGCACAGGGAAUAGUGGCACACACUGUCCAUCCCGGGGGUGUCGCAACCGACAUGUCUCUGCGUAUGCCUGAAUCAUAUCAUAUCUAUCUUAAUGACACCCCUGAGCUGGCAGGCAAUACCGUUGUCUGGUUGACCCGAGAGAGACGAGAGUGGCUUGCUGGUCGGUAUAUUAGUGUCAAUUGGGAUGUGGAGGAGCUUCUCACGAGAAAGGAUGAUAUUGUUGGCUCUGAUAAGCUAAAGAUGAGAAUGGUUCUCUAG